AUGUUAGGAUUGAAAGCGAUAGCGAAUGCUGGUCUUCCUGCAACUAUUCGAGCAUUAGUUAAGUGCAUGUUAAUAUCCUUCCUAGCUGAUCUAUAUGAAGAUAAAACGAAUGCAAUCGAGCUCCGAAUAGCUGCAUUUGUUAUGGUGAUGGAAACCAACUGUCUGGAAAGUGAUUUACGUAGGAUAGAAUUAACGCUAAGAAAUGAAAGUAAUUCUUACGUUGGUUCAUUUCUUCACUCUUAUUUGCAAAGCUUGGCUAAGUCGAAGAGUCAAUCAGCGCACAGAAGGAUUGCUUUGGCGAAGUAUGCUUUAAAUUUUACCAAAAAAUUCAAUAGUAACCAGCAAAGUUCAAAGGGAUUUCAUCAUGCAAUUUAUUCAACCGCAUGGAAAGUUGGACUUAGCUUAAAUUCUCAGUUAAUCUAUGAAAGCGAUAGCAAAAUUCCUCGAGUUAUUAAAGCCAAUUUCAAUUUUGAGUUAUUUGGUCGUCGCAUCAAUGGCUUUGAGUUUGGUGUUCGUAUCCAAAACUUGGAUAGUAUAUUGAUUGAUAUCCUACAGCGCCACCAAAAUCGAUAUUUGCCCCUAGUGAAUCACGAACAAAAUAACGAAAUAUUAUACGGUAGACAGGAUGAGACAAGUAAAGCCAAAUUAUGCAGCAAAGUUGCUGAACCGAAGUUGUCCAGUUAUAGCGUUGUCUACGGCAGAGAGAUUCAAUUUCAGCAUUUCAAUCAAGAUCAAAUUAAAGGCCUAAUGACUGGACUGCUAUCAAAUCAGGGGAUCAAUAUAAACAUUGAUCAAAUACCAACGUCAUUUUCAUGCCAUGUUCAAUUAGUGACGGGUUUAGGAUUUCCACUCAAGAUUUAUCAGGAUGGAAUGACAGUUUCAUCAUUAAGAAUCUCUACAGCUUAUAAUGUUCUCAAACAAAAAAUGUCGUUAAGAACAACACCUAGUAUUGAUACUCAUAUCCAGAGCAAGGUUUUCAUCGAUGCCACAAUAUUCCAGACUGGCUUUCAGAUGAAUAACUAUUUAUCCAAUCAUAUGGAUGUUUCAACGCUUAUUCAGCCAGAUAAUUUUGGUAAAAUGCAUAUAUCAUUUCGGUUUCCGCAAUCGAAGUCGAAGAAAUCGCAAGAUAUUCCAUUUGAUUUAAGUACCAAUUUAGAUUCAUUCUAUACCCAAUCGGCCGAUUCACGAAGACUUGGUACUACUUACAUUUGUAUCAUUAAUGGAAAGGCAUCAUCUGAAGAGAAUAAUUGCCUAUUUAUUCCAGUAUUAUGUCCUCUAUCGUACUCCGCUAAAAUGGUUGGCUCUUCUCCUAUACUUGGUCCAACUAGGACUAAAUUAGCUAUGCGUGCACUCAAUGAACUCGGAGUUAAUUUAGAUUUCUCAGUCAAAUGCCAUCCAGUUCAACGUUAUUGCAAUAUCUUUCUGCGCACAACAAGUCAAUCCAAACCUAUUUCUCAAAUUUUGCAUACUUUCGAAGCUAAUAUCAAAUUGGAUGCCUCUACUCAAGACCAAUUGGAUGUAACACUAACAUUUCCAAAUAGUUCCGUAGGAGCACAACGUAUGAGGUUAACGCUGCCAAUGCAUAUGGAUCCAUUAUCACUUCGAUUACCGCCAUUAAAACCAGGUUGUUUCGCUCGAAAUUGGACAGAUUGGACAAAUUGCUCCACUAGUAGACCAUGUUCCCGCGGUGUGCGAAGUCGAUUCCAAACAAUCAGUUGCAAUAACAAUAUUGCAAGCUGCCAGCCACGUGUAGAAGAAAUGAGUUGCAUGAAUUGUGUAUUCAAACGUGACCAAAAAAAUGUAAUGUUCAUCGAGGCAUUUAUACCUACAAACGAAGUGAUUACUUUUGUAAAAGCAUCAAAAAAGUACCUCAAUGUCAGACUGGCUGUCUACCUGCAGCCACCCAAAAAACAACAGUUCAAAUGUUGUGCAAGACAAGAAGAGGCUACCAAUACACCGAAGUUGCAGAUUACCGCUAUCCUAUUCGAUGUGGAUGCAAUAAAUCCAUUUGACAGUCCAAUACUUGACUAA